UUAAAUUUAUGUAGUUGUUUGGCUGUUGGCUACAUCCUGUUUCUGUUUGGGGGUGAUAAAACGGAGGACAAAGAACUUUGUACGAUGGUCGCCAUUUUUUUACACUACAUCUUCCUUGUAGUGUUUUGCAUCAUGCUAGGCGAGGGCGUCCUGAUCCUCAAGACAGUCGUUUAUGUGUUUGAUACUUCUUCUGUUGCAAUCGAUAUUUUGAUACUGGCCUAUGGUUUCCCUACAGUGAUCAUAUCUGCAACUAUGUGUGCAACAAACUUGCGUGGCUAUGGGGAUGAAACAUUUUGCUGGUUAAGCUCAGAAGGAGGUGUCAUCUGGGCCUUUAUUGGUCCUGUCAUUGUCAUUAUGGUUAUCAACGUCAUAAUUCUGGUCUAUGUUAUAAUGACAAUGCUGAGGACAAGAGCCAUGAGAGAUCAAUCUCACUUUAAAAGAGCGACUUCAGCAAUGUGGGCUCUUCUAGUGUUGUCUGGCCUCCUAGGCACCACCUGGGUUGUGGGCGUCCUCACCCUUAUUGAUGACUCAGUGUACUUGCAGUACGUUUUCGUCGCUGUGAAUAGUUCGCAGGGUCUCUUCAUACUUUGCUUCCAGUGUCUUGGACAAGAACAGGUUCGGGAAGCACUCAGGAACUUAUGGAGAAGGCAUACUUCAUUUUGUGGUGCCAAUUGAGGAUAAAAUUAAUGCCACUUUAACUAUAUAUUCUGGUGUAGUAAGAAGUCACCCUGC